AUGCCGCAUCACACCACGCCACAACCUCUCACUAACCCUCCUUCCCCUCUUCCACCACCGCAGUACCUCGGCAUCCAAACGCACGUCCGCAGCACCGCCGACCCAGACCUCCGCCCCCUCCACAACGUCUGCGAGUACCUCAACGCCCUGCACAUCUACGCCGACGAAGCGCGCCAGGGCGUCGUGCGGUCCGUCGACUCGCACCACUUCUGCUCCCACGUCAGCAAAGACUUCCGACAAUGCCUGAUCUACGACUCCAACACGCCGGGGGCCCGGCUGAUUGGCGUCGAGUAUAUGAUUCCCAGAGCGAGGUACGAGAAGCUGCCGCCGGAAGAGCAGAAGCUGUGGCACUCGCAUGUGUUUGAGGUGCAUUCGGGGAUGCUGAUCCUCCCCUACCCAACCACCCACCCCUCGACCAGCCCCCACGCCAAACGCGCCUGGGACGCGCUCGAAACCGAAGCCCUCGCCGAAGUCACCGACUGGUACGGCAAGAUCUACCACUUUUGGGAAGUCGACAAAUCGGAAGGCGGCGAUUUGCCUUAUGGGGCGCCCGAGUUGAUGGGGAGUUUGACUUCCGACAAGCAGAUCGACGUCGACGCCGCGAUGGCGCAGCGAGAUCGGGAGGCGGGCGCCGACGUGAAGGAGAAGAGGGCGUUGCGUAAGGACUUGCCGAGGCCGCAGGUGCAUCCCGCGGCGGAUAGCUGGUGGAGGGAGGCGGAGGAGGGGGGGAGGGGGAUCUAUGCUUGA